CGCGGGGUGGGCUGGAGAGGUUUCCCGCCGUCUGGGAAGAGUAAACGGGGCCACCCACCUGCUGGGCCUCCGCCGCCCGCACCUGCUCUUGAGAAGCCUCCGGGUGGGGCACAGUCCCCGGCCCCCGCCCGGGUCCGCGCUCUGGGAGCGCACUGGCCCUUUAAGAGCGCGGCGGCCGCGGCGCGCGGGGAGGAGGGCUGGGAGCGCCCGGAGCCGCGCCGAACUCGCCGGGGACGUCGGGCGCCCGCUCCUUGGCUUGCUCGCUCGCUCGCUCGCUCUCUCGGGUCGGCUCCCUGCGCCUCCUCCCGGGGCUGCCUGGGGACCCGGGCCCGGUCGGGCGCGGCGGCGAGCAUAGUCCCCUAGCAGGAGGCGCGCGCUCCGGGCAGCUCCCGGCCCCGGGCAUGGACAGAAGGAGCUGGGCGCGCAGGGGGCGCCGCGGGACCGGGCGGCCGGAGCGCUGAGCCAGACAAAGGCUCCGGAGUUGCGCUCGCUCUCGGGAGCCGGGCCCCAGGCGCUGGGCGCCGAGGCUGCGGGACCCCGCGGGGGGCACCUCCGGCCGGCCUUCUCGCCCCCCAGCUGGUUCCGCGCGCCCGGACCUGCCCUGCCCGCUUCUCCUGGGGCUUGGGAAUUUGCCGAGGGGACCUUGGCGGCUCCGGCGGGGACCGGAGCCCGAGGUCCUCCGCGCGCCAGCCGGGCCACGAGCCAGGGAGCGUCGCAAGUUUCCAAGGCGAGUGCGAGGACCCGGCGCCGGCGCGCGAGUGAGCCCUGCGUGCAGUGUUCGGGCCGGGCUGGGCGCCGAGAGCAUGGGCAGCGACCGGAGCGCGCCCGGACGGCCCGGCUGGACGGGCAGCCUCCUCGGCGACCGGGAGGCGGCGGCGCGGCCGCGACUGCUGCCGCUGCUCCUGGUGCUUCUGGGCUGCCUGGGCCUUGGCAUAGCGGCCGAAGACGCUGAGGUCCUUGCCGAGAACUGGCUGCGGCUCUAUGGCUACCUACCCCAGCCCAGCCGCCACAUGUCCACCAUGCGCUCUGCCCAGAUCUUGGCCUCAGCCCUCGCAGAGAUGCAGCGCUUCUACGGGAUCCCAGUCACGGGUGUGCUCGAUGAAGAGACCAAGAAGUGGAUGAAGCGGCCCCGCUGUGGGGUGCCAGAUCAGUUUGGGGUACGAGUGAAAGCCAAUCUGCGGCGGCGGCGGAAGCGCUAUGCCCUCACCGGGAAGAAGUGGAACAACCACCAUCUGACCUUCAGCAUCCAGAACUACACGCAGAAGCUGGGCUGGUACCACUCGAUGGAGGCAGUACGCAGGGCCUUCCGCGUGUGGGAGCAGGCCACGCCCCUGGUCUUCCAGGAGGUACCCUACGAGGACAUCCGGCUUCGGCGGCAGAAGGAGGCUGACAUCAUGGUACUCUUUGCCUCUGGCUUCCAUGGCGACAGCUCGCCGUUUGACGGCUCGGGUGGCUUUCUGGCCCACGCCUAUUUCCCUGGCCCCGGCCUGGGCGGGGACACCCAUUUUGACGCAGAUGAGCCCUGGACCUUCUCCAACACUGACCUGAGUGGAAACAACCUCUUCCUGGUGGCGGUGCACGAGCUGGGCCACGCGCUGGGGCUGGAGCACUCCAACAACCCCAGUGCCAUCAUGGCACCCUACUACCAAUGGAAGGACGUUGACAACUUCCAGCUGCCCGAGGACGACCUCCAGGGCAUCCAGCAUCUCUACGGUACCCCAGAUGGUCGGCCGCGGCCCACCCAGCCUCUCCCCACUGUGAUGCCACGGCGGCCAGGCCGGCCCGACCACCGGCCUCCCCAGCCACAACCCCCAGGUGGGAAGCCAGAGCGGCCCCCAAGGCCGGGCCCCCCAGCCCAACCCCGAGCCACAGAGCGGCCCGAUCAGUAUGGCCCCAACAUCUGCGACGGGGACUUUGACACAGUGGCCAUGCUUCGCGGGGAGAUGUUCGUGUUCAAGGGCCGCUGGUUCUGGCGAGUGCGGCACAACCGCGUCCUGGACAACUAUCCUAUGCCCAUCGGGCACUUCUGGCGUGGUCUGCCUGGUGACAUCAGUGCUGCCUAUGAGCGCCAGGACGGUCGUUUUGUCUUUUUCAAAGGUAACCGCUACUGGCUCUUUCGAGAGGCGAACCUAGAACCUGGCUACCCACAGCCGCUGACCAACUAUGGCUGGGGCAUCCCCUACGACCGCAUCGACACAGCCAUCUGGUGGGAGCCCACGGGUCACACCUUCUUCUUCCAAGAGGACAGGUACUGGCGCUUCAACGAGGAGACGCAGCGUGGAGACCCUGGAUACCCCAAGCCCAUCAGCGUCUGGCAAGGGAUCCCUACCUCCCCUAAAGGGGCCUUCCUGAGCAAUGAUGGAGCCUACACCUACUUCUAUAAGGGCACCAAAUACUGGAAAUUCCACAAUGACCGCCUGCGGAUGGAGCCUGGUUACCCCAAGUCCAUCCUGCGGGACUUCAUGGGCUGCCAGGAGCACGUGGAGCCAGGCCCCCGAUGGCCUGACGUGGCCCGGCCGCCCUUCAACCCCCAUGGGGACGCAGAGCCCGGGGUGGACAGCGCAGAGGGCGACGUGGGCGAUGGGGAGGGGGACUUCGGGACCGGGGCUGGCAAGGAUGGAGGCAGCCGCGUGGUGGUGCAGAUGGAGGAGGUGGCACGGACCUUGAACGUGGUAAUGGUGCUGGUGCCGCUCCUGCUGCUCCUCUGCGUCCUGGGCCUCACCUACGCGCUGGUGCAGAUGCAGCGCAAGGGCGCACCGCGGGUGCUGCUCUACUGCAAGCGCUCGCUGCAGGAGUGGGUCUGAGCGUCCAGGGCUCCUGCUCACGGUGCUCAGGGGGCCCACGGGGGCCCACCGCGGCGCCUGUGGUUCUGAGAUGACUCCUGGGGGCUCCCUCCGCCCCCAGGCUGGGGCCCCUUCCAACCCUCACACACCCUGUCUGCCCUGCCCUCAUUAUUUAUGCCCAAGUGUUUUGUUUUGUUUUUGGCACCUUACUUAACCAUUUGUUCCUGUUUCCCUGACCAGAGCAGGGUGUUUAGAGUUUUCUGAAUGUAGUUCCGCUCCAGUCAGGGAAUUAGAACCCCCUCAUCGUCCUCUGACUCGGCAGAGGCCCACAUUGAAAGAGCAGCCCCUCAGCCUGAGCCCAGGGCCAUAACCGCAGGCUCCCUUUGCCCAGUUGGAGAUAGGCUGGCCCCCCCUGGGUCUCCUCCCUCCCAAGUGAGCCUGGGCCUUAGGAAGAGCUUUCCACCCAGGGACAGCCCCAGGCCAAAGGGGACAUGGAAGGGAGAUGGGCCGUGGCCCCCAAGCCUGAGUUGAGGCUUGGUUCAUUCCCAACCCACUUCUCACAGCCUCAGCGAGCCUGGCUCCUUAGGCCUGAGAACCCAGCCCACCCCCGGCAGCAGCUCCCAGCUCCCACCUCCCCUGGGACCCACCCCUCUUCCCUCUCCAUGGACCAAAAGGAGUCUGCCAAGGCCCCUCCCUGGGUAGCAGCAGCCUCACCCAUAGCAGAGACACCUCACUGAGCUAGAACCCCCAUUCCUUCCCUGCGCCUCCUCCCUCCCUCUCCCAUUCACGCCACCAACCUAGAGGCCUGAGCUCAGCUGCCAGUGUCCUGAGCCCCCAGGAGAGGGGUCUGAUGGGUGCCUAGGCCUGGGCAGUGGAUGUCCACGGAUGGGUGCCCACCUGUAUGGGUGCCCACAGUGCCAGGCACCGGGUAUGAGGGGCUCCUCCCCUCCAGCUCCCUGUCCCCCCAGCAUACUGAGAGGAGAGACACUGUUGGGGAUAGGCCAGCAGCGCAUCAGACUGUGAACCCCCCAAAGGAGCCCCCACCAUGGCCUAAGAGGCUGCCCUGCUCCUGCGCUUGGCCCUGAGGGCGGAGAUGCCUCCUUCCUCUUUUCCUUCCCAAAGCAAGCAGGGGGCCAUGGCUGCUGUGGGAAAUGGUACUGUACAGCUGGCUCUGCUUCCCCAUGUCCCUGAGUGAGUGGGGUCUGCCACCCAGGAUCCCCGAGGCGCCUUGGGGGUAAGGGGUUCUGGCCUCUGGGAGUGGUUUCUCGUGCGCUGGCACCAAGUACGGGUCCAGCAGCUUCCACCCCCUGCAGAACCAGAGAGCCAGCCAAGGGGUGGGGCUGUGGGGGUUCCGUGUCCACCUCCAUACCAUUAUUUCUGUAAAUAAUGUGCACUGAAUAAAUUGUACAGCCGGCAA